UCGGUUUUUAACGACAUACGAGCGCCGCCGUCUCAGUGCCCGUCCGACUCGCGAUUUGUGUGUACCGCGUGUCGGUGCUCUCGUGUGUUUCUUCACUUUUUUUUCCUCCAUCUCCCUCUCCCUGUCUCGCAGCACGACAUACAGUGGGAACUCGGAACUGAAACGGUGUCUGAGAGGAGGCAAAGAAGUCGUUAUUCAGGACUAAGAACGCCCUUCUGCCUCCGCCGGACGGUCGUCCCAGUGCCGCCGCAGUGGUUCUCAGAAUCGAAACAGUGUCGAGAAGGAGGUGGUGCCGAUUGAGCCCUUAAAGUCGUUCGAGGGUUGUGAAUCGAACAAUCACGGUGAACGGUCUUGCGGAACAUUUGAACGGGACGCUUUUCUCACCCGAGCGGAAAAAGAAGUGUAUGUAACGAUCCGAUUGAUAAAUAGACGAUAACUGAUCGAACUGACAAUUGACAAGAGUGCCGAUCAACGGGAGAGAAGACGUGCACGUUCUCGGAACGAGCUGCUUGUCGUACUGGUGAACCUAAUUUCUACCGAUUAAGAUUAUGAGUUCCGAGCCGUGGACCUUGCCUCCCAAGCAAGGUCUGUAUGACCCUACCCUGGAAAAAGAGGCUUGCGGCGUUGGUUUUAUCGUCGCCAUUGACGGAAAGAGGUCGCACAAGAUCGUUCAAGAUGCUCAGACAUUGUCGGCGCGAAUGAAUCAUAGGGGGGCAUGCGCCUGUGAUAACGACACUGGUGACGGUGCUGGUGUGCUUUGCGCAAUACCGCACGAUUACUAUGCCAAUGAAAUUCGCCAACAACAAAAUAUCGAAUUGCCCGAGUUCGGACGGUACGCAACCGGUAUCUUAUUCCUCGAUAAGAAUACCCAUAAGCAAGCAGAAACUGCAUUUGAGAAGCUAGCUAAGGAUUGCAAUUUGAGAGUACUGUGCUGGCGUGAUGUUCCCACCGAUAGCACCCAGAUUGGCCGAGUGGCAAGGAAGUGCGAACCGUAUAUGCGUCAAGUAUUCGUUACCGGCGAGCAAGAUGCGGAAACGCUUAAACGACAGAUUUUCGUGCUGAGAAAGAGAUCGUCGCAUACAAUCCCGCGACCGGAAUUACGAUAUUACAUUUGCUCGUUGUCGUUGAAGACGAUCGUCUACAAAGGUCAGCUCACCGCUGAUCAGUUAUGGCAGUAUUUCACGGAUUUGAAGUCUCCGAAAUUCGAGACCUAUCUGGCACUGGUACAUACACGGUUUUCCACAAACACUUUUCCGAGUUGGGAAAGAGCACAUCCUUUGCGCUUGCUUGCUCACAACGGCGAAAUUAAUACUCUGCGCGGCAAUGUAAACUUCAUGAAGGCGCGAGAGGGUGUGAUGAGCAGCCAAAUAUAUGGCAAUCAGCUGAAGCAGCUAUACCCGGUCGUAGAACCGAAUCUCUCUGACUCUGGGUCCGCGGACUGCGUGCUCGAGUUCCUGGUGAUGGCAGGACAACGCUCUUUGCCCGAGGCCGUCAUGACGAUGGUACCAGAGGCCUGGCAGAACGACUUGACGAUGGCCACUGAAAAGCGAGACUUCUACCAUUGGGCGGCGUGCGCCAUGGAACCCUGGGACGGACCGGCACUUCUGACCUUCACCGACGGCCGCUAUGUCGGCGCUAUCCUGGACAGAAACGGCCUGCGCCCGUCGCGCUUCUACGUCACUAAGGAUAACAUGAUGGUGAUGGCGUCCGAAGUGGGCGUCUAUGAUACUCCGCCCAGCAAUGUAGUCCUGAAGAGUCGCUUGAAACCUGGCCGGAUGCUUCUCGUUGACACCGAAGAGAAAAGGAUCAUACAGGAUGUCGAGCUGAAGUUGCAGAUCGCUCGAAGCAGGCCUCAUUCCAAGUGGCUCAAAGAACAGAGGAUUACCAUGGAGGAAAUGCGUGCUGCACAUGUUCCCAACGGCAAUGCAGAGGAUGUAAUCAAGAACGGUCUAUCUGCCGAGACAGCAAAAAAGAACGCUAUCAAUGACGCAAACGAGAUUUCGGCUGUGAAUAAAGUUUGGAGUGGCGAUAAACGGCUCUCUCUUUACGGUUACACUCUGGAGACAAUCAAUUUACUGCUUCUGCCCAUGGUGCAAACCAAGAAAGAAGCGUUAGGAUCUAUGGGCAACGAUGCUCCUCUGGCGUGUUUGUCGGAAUUCCAGCCAUUGUUAUACGAUUAUUUCAAACAAUUAUUCGCACAAGUAACGAAUCCACCGAUUGAUCCGUUCCGUGAAAAGAUCGUAAUGUCGAUGCUCUGCCCGAUCGGGCCCGAGAGUAAUAUUCUGGAACCGAACGAAUUGCAAGUACAUCGUCUAUUCUUGCCGCAACCGAUAUUAUCUCUGAACGAUCUUGAAAUUCUCAAACACACGACCCAUCGUAAUUGGAGAACAAAGGUGAUUGAUAUCACUUACCCUGUUGAAGACGGGCCUGGCGGUCUAUUGAAGACGCUGAAUCGCGUUCAUGAUGAAGCUAAUGCAGCCGCUAGGAACGGUUAUCAGCUGCUCGUGCUGUCCGAUCGACAGGGUGGUCCAACAAGGGUUCCGGUAAGCAGCCUAUUGGCUCUAGGUGCUGUCCAUCAUCAUUUGAUCGAAGAGAGACAGCGGAUGAAGGUUGGUCUCAUACUUGAGACCGCCGAGGCUCGAGAGGUGCAUCACAUUUGCGUGCUACUUGGUUACGGAGCGGACGCCAUAUGUCCUUACUUAGUAUUCGAGAUGGCAAAAAAUCUGAGAGCGGAUCAUGUUUUCGAUGAAACCGUUACCGACGAUGUUAUUUUUAAGAAUUACGCAGAUGCUAUGGAACGAGGAAUCGCGAAAGUGAUGGCCAAGAUGGGAAUCUCGACCUUACAAUCCUACAAAGGAGCACAAAUAUUUGAAGCAGUUGGAUUGGCCGACGAGGUUAUCGAUAAAUGCUUCAAGGGCACUCACUCUCGUAUUGGUGGCGUAACAUUUGAUAUUUUGGGGAAAGAAGCGUUCGAACGACAUCAAAUAACAUAUUGGGACAAACCGAUGGAUAUACUGGUCAUUCGCAAUCCAGGAAUUUAUCAUUGGCGAUCUGGUGGCGAAAAACAUAUCAAUGAUCCAGCUAGUAUCGCUAGUUUGCAGGAUUAUGUUGUCUCCAAGAACAACUCUGCUUACGAAAAUUAUCGCAAGACCACGAUGGAAAUGGUGAAAAGUUGCACUCUGCGCGGCCAACUCGAAUUAAAUAAAUCGCGCGAUCCAAUUCCCAUUACGGAUGUUGAAUCUGCGUCGGAAAUUGUGAAACGCUUCGCGACCGGCGCGAUGAGUUUCGGCAGCAUCUCCUUAGAAGCUCAUUCUACCCUGGCAAUUGCCAUGAAUCGCAUUGGCGGCAAAUCGAACACUGGCGAAGGCGGUGAAAACGCAGAUAGAUAUCUGAACCAGGAUCCAGAGUUUAGCAAGCGUUCGUCUAUUAAGCAGGUAGCGAGUGGUCGCUUUGGUGUCACUGCCAGUUACCUAGCGAACGCAGACGACUUGCAGAUCAAAAUGGCGCAAGGCGCGAAACCUGGUGAGGGUGGUGAGCUUCCCGGUUAUAAGGUCACCGCGGAGAUUGCUGCUACCAGGCACUCGGUACCCGGGGUUGGUUUGAUCUCGCCACCACCGCAUCACGACAUCUAUUCGAUUGAGGAUCUGGCCGAGCUGAUCUACGAUCUCAAGUGUGCCAAUCCAAAUGCCCGCAUUUCUGUCAAACUCGUAUCGGAGGUCGGAGUGGGCGUCGUUGCCGCCGGCGUUGCCAAGGGUAAGGCCGAACAUGUGGUGAUAUCCGGCCACGAUGGCGGGACCGGCGCCAGCAGUUGGACAGGCAUCAAAUCCGCCGGAUUGCCCUGGGAGUUGGGUAUUGCCGAAACACAUCAAGUACUGACCCUGAACAAUCUAAGGUCGCGCAUGAUUGUCCAAGCAGACGGCCAACUGCGUACGGGUUUCGAUAUUGUGGUGGCUGCGCUGCUCGGCGCGGACGAGUUUGGCUUCAGUACUGCUCCGUUAAUUGCAAUGGGCUGCACAAUGAUGAGAAAGUGCCAUUUAAACACCUGUCCAGUAGGCAUUGCCACGCAAGAUCCAGUGUUGCGAAAGAAAUUUGAGGGCAAGCCAGAACAUGUGGUCAAUUUCUUCUUCGCAUUAGCUGAAGAGGUACGUUCGCAUAUGGCAAACUUGGGCAUCCGCAAGUUCCAGGAUCUAAUCGGGCGCACAGACCUUCUCAAAGUACGUGACGACAUCUCUGUUGAGAAAGCCAAAACCUUGAAUCUCAGUAACAUUCUGCGAAAUGCGCUGGACUUAAGGCCGGGCGUAAAUAUUAAAGGCGGCUCCGUAAAGCAAGAUUUCCAACUGGAGAACAGACUCGACAAUAAACUAAUUGAGUUGGUUCAGCCUGUUAUAAACGGAGUACACAAUCGAGUCGAUAUCGAAAUGGAGAUCAACAAUGAAUGCCGAGCAUUCGGAUCAACGCUGAGUUAUUAUGUAGCCAAACGAUUUGGAGAAGAUGGAUUACCCGAGAAUAGCAUUAAUAUCAGGAUGCGAGGCUCCGCGGGUCAAAGUUUCUGCGCUUUCAUAUCGAAGGGUAUUCAUGUCACCCUUGAAGGCGAUGCUAACGAUUACGUCGGCAAAGGUCUGUGUGGAGGUGAAAUUGUCAUAUAUCCGCCAAAGGACUCCGAGUUCAAUUCGGAGGCAAAUGUGAUUGUCGGAAAUGUCUGUCUUUACGGAGCUACUUCUGGAAAGGCCUACUUCCGCGGCAUCGCUGCCGAGAGAUUCAGCGUGCGUAACAGUGGAGCGAUUGUAGUGGUGGAAGGUGUGGGUGAUCACGGUUGUGAAUAUAUGACCGGCGGUUGCGCCGUAAUCCUGGGUCUUACUGGCAGGAAUUUCGCGGCUGGAAUGUCCGGUGGAAUUGCAUACGUCUUGGAUGUCGAUGGUUCCUUUAAGAGCAAGUGCAAUCCCGAAAUGGUGGAAUUGUUGCCACUCAACAAGCCAGAAGAAAUCGCCUAUGUGAAACAACUAUUGGAGGAAUUCAUCGAAAAGACCGGUUCGCUGAUUGCGCAAGACUUACUCGCAACGUGGCCGGAACCGACCACAAGAUUCGUCAAGGUGUUCCCUUACGAGUAUCAGCGAGCUCUCAAACAGAUGGAGGAAACGAAGCAACAAACGUCUAACGUGGUUAAUGGCAAUGCGCAGAUAACGAAUGGUACGAUUAAAGAUAUAGAGGAUUCUAUAGAAGAUGCCGAUAUGGCACAACGAAAGUUGGACAAAAUCAAAGGCUUCAUGAAAUACUCGAGGCAGAAGGCCGUGUACAAGCCAGUCGAAAAGCGUGUACAAAACUGGGAUGAGAUAUACGACUUCCAGGGUGUUAGGAAGACUCUACGAGUGCAAGCGGCGAGAUGCAUGGAGUGUGGUGUUCCGUUCUGUCAAAGCAGUCACGGUUGCCCGUUGGGCAACAUCAUUCCUAAGUGGAACGAUCUCGUAUUCCACCAAAACUGGAAAGAGGCCUUGAAUCAAUUGUUGCAAACUAAUAAUUUCCCUGAGUUUACUGGAAGAGUCUGCCCCGCUCCUUGCGAGGGUGCAUGCGUCCUAGGAAUCUCCGAACCACCGGUAACAAUCAAAAAUAUUGAAUGUGCCAUAAUCGAUCACGCGUUUGAGCAAGGUUGGAUUGUGCCUCAUGCGCCGACCCGUAGAACCGGACGGUUAGUAGCUGUAAUCGGAUCCGGUCCAGCGGGUUUGGCCGCUGCUCAUCAACUGAAUAAAGCAGGUCAUACAGUGACCGUAUUCGAAAGAAAUGACAGAAUUGGCGGAUUGCUGCAAUAUGGCAUACCAACUAUGAAGCUGUCCAAACAGGUUGUACAAAGAAGAGUCUCUUUACUCGCCGCAGAAGGAAUCAUCUUUAGAACGAACAUCGAUGUAGGCAAGGAUAUUACAAUGCAGGAACUUCAAGAACAGUACGACGCGAUAUUGUUGUGUACAGGCGCGACAUGGCCGCGAGACUUACCGAUUCCCGGUCGACAGCUGGAGGGAAUUCACUUUGCCGUGAGCUUCUUAGAGCACUGGCAGAAGAAACAGAUGGGUAACGCAGCACCCCUAGAUAUGCGACUGAUAGCUAAGAACAAGGAUGUUGUCAUCAUAGGAGGCGGCGAUACCGGAUGCGAUUGUAUAGCAACUUCACUGCGUCAGGGCGCGAAGACAAUUACGACCUUCGAAAUUUUGCCCGAACCGCCAGCCCAACGGGGCAAGGAUAAUCCAUGGCCUCAAUUCCCGCGAGUGUUCAAGGUUGACUACGGUCAUGAAGAAGUAUCUCUGAAAUUCGGCCGAGAUCCGCGUAGAUAUAGUACAUUGAGCAAGGAAUUCUUGGACGACGGAAAUGGUCACGUGUGUGGCAUCAAAACGGUAACCGUGGAUUGGCGAAAGGAUGAAAAUGGUCGAUGGAAGAUGGAAGAGGUUCCAAAUUCGGAGAAAGUAUACAAGUGCGACCUGGUAUUACUCGCCAUGGGCUUCCUCGGACCUGAGAAAUACAUUGCCACGGAAGUAAACACCGAAAUGGAUGAGAGAGGAAACUACAAAACUCCAGCUGGGAAAUAUUGUACAAGUAUACCCAAAAUAUAUGCGGCAGGCGAUUGCAGACGUGGACAGUCUCUUGUAGUAUGGGCGAUCGCAGAAGGUAGAUUGGCCGCGAAAGAAGUUGAUUUGGCCUUAAUGGGCGAAACUGGCCUUCCGGGAAGCGGUGGUGUCAUAAUCGGCGUUAGCGCUUAAGGACCUUCACGAUGGAUGUUGGUCUUCCAAUUAAAACAGGAAAAAAUCCACCAUGUAUGCGUACUGGGAAGAAAGAGAUAGUCGCAUCGACUAUCAGGAGGCAAGAGAAGAGUUGAAGAUUCAAGAAUGCGAGCUGCAGGAUCCGAGGAUUCGAAAGCUUCAUGAAUCUAAGAAGGGACAAGCCUAGAAGAUAUAAGAGCCUUGUAGAAUUCAGAAAUUCAAGAGUCCGAAGGAUAUAAAAGCAUUCGCAAAAAUUCGCGGAUUAAACUUCCAGCAAUCUAAUGAGUUAAUAGCUCCUAGGAUGUGGAAAUCAAAGAAUUUUCCUAGGACUGAAUUCCUAGGACUCGAAAAUUUAAAGAAUUAAACAUCUAAAAAUUUUGAGAACCUUAAAGAUCAGGAAAUUCGUAUAUCCGAAUUUUAUAACAACUAAGAAAUAAGUCUUAGGGUUCAGAGUUUGAAUGUUUGAGAAUCUAACAACGAGGACAUUAGAAACAGCAAGUUCCAGCUUCCAUAGAUAUAAAAAUUGAAAACUUUUAAGAAUUAAAGAUUUCAAAAUAUUAAGAGAUAAAAGAUUAUACGUAACUAAAAAUUGCAAGAUUUUAAGAAUACUGUCAAGAAGUUUGAAAAAUUAAGUAUUUCAAAAUGCAGAAAUUUUAUCCAAGAUAAAAAGAUAUUAUUUAUAAAAUUUUUUUAAUUACACCUAAUUUAUAUAAUAAAAAUCUAAUAAUUUUAUGAUUUGCAGAUAUAACAGUUGUAAAAUCGAAAAAUUUAACAUCGAUCUCAAUUGGAAAAUAAGAAAUCUAAAAAAUUUUAGAAUUACAGAUUUAAAAAUAAAAAAAUCUGCUCUAUUUAAUGCUACGACAAAUUCGUAACUAGAAAUUCGAGGAAUUAAAAAGCUUCAUUCAAAUAUUCGCAGGUCCAAGCGAUUAGAAGCAUUCGAGGUCUUAAGAAUCGAAAGAUUCUUUUCAGACCUCGAUCUCAGGAUGUGAUAAUCAAGUGAGAAACGAGAAACGAAGUACGAUCAUUUUUGUGGCGUGAAUCUCUCCGUAUCAGAGUAACGAAAAAUAAAUGUAAUUUCUCCGUAACGUAGUGGAAUCGUCUAAGUAUCUCGUUCGUCCAAUUAGAAUUAAACAUACGCGAGAGAAUUAGAACUUUGAGUAUAGAGAAAGAUACCGAAACGAGCUGGUAGCAGGAUCUACAUAACUCCGACGGAUUUAUAUUAGGUGGUACACUUUACCAAUCCUAAAAUAUUCUUUUUAAUAUGCAACUGCAAAUCUAUUAUUUUUAAAAAUAAAGAGAUGUUUCAGUAAAGUAUUAUUUAUAAAGUACCUAUACGAAAUUUCUAACGUUUUUUUAGCUUUUCGGAGCAAAUAUUUAAAAGAAUAUUAAGAAAUAUUCUCAAUUAUCAUGCAGUUUAGGUACUAUUAUAAAUUUAUUUCUUUAUAGGACAAAACAUUUAAUUGCAACUAUUAACGAAGUUUAUCUGUAAGUACAAAAAGUAUUCGUAUAUCGCCAUUUUUCCUCUGUACGUAUUAAUUAGCGAUUAAGAAUGUAAACAUGAAUAGAUCAUAAAGCGUUAUGCAAUAAAAUAAUAUUCAUGCAUUAUAUCAUCUUUGUUUCUUUGAAUCUCAUUCUAUUAGUCAAUAGUAGAUAGGUUCAACAUCUAAAAAAAUAUAGAUGUUACAUAUAGAUGUAAAAUAUUUAGAUAUUAACAUUAUGUUAUGUACUGAUCCACCGUAUAUUAAACUACAAUCGAAAACGUAUAUCUAACGUAACGUUUAUUACUUAAUUAGCAUUAUUAGCAGUACAAUAAAAAUAUUUUUACAAUUAAAGAUAUGUGAUAUUUCUUCGGUAGAUUUUAUAUUAUUUCAUUAUUAUUAGAUAUUGAAUAUUCAUCAAAAAGUCCGAAAAUUAUGAACUUAACGGGACAGUUUGAUUUUUAUAAUAGUUUUAUUUAAAAACUGCAUUAUUGCUUAAGGACUAAAGAUACAAACAAUAAAAGUUUGUGUACAGAUUUGUUUCUUCUUUUUUUUUAAUGUGUGAUAAACAAUUAAUUGCAAAAUAAUGGCAUACGAAUACUUUUAUGGUACACUUAUUUUUUGUUCACUUUCAACAUAUGAUUACUAGUAUUUUUAGUGUUCUUGGAUAUUUGCCUAGAUUGCCUAGCUACUAUUACGGAUCUGCUUAUAUUAUCAAUGAGAAAAGUUAGAAGAAGCGCAUUGCCGAAAGACCAUGCUAUAGCGUAAAUAAUAAGAGGACUAUGUAGCACUUGUAUUAUAUGUCGUUCACUGCAAUUCCAUAAUAAUUCUGCCAAUUAAUUCACGCAGUCGAAUUUUUGCAAGUGAAUAAGAAACGAUUGUUUAACCCCUUAACCGUAUAUCUAUAAUUGUGGUUAAACAUAAACUUGAUCAUAAAUUGAUUGCUUUUGAACUUUGUUAAUGAAAUAAUCAUGGCAAUGACUUAAAACAAAUUAUAAUUUUGCAAACAUAAAUUCACAAAAACGAAAAGAGAAAAAAUGAAAACAAAGAAUGUUUAAUUCUCUGCAAAAAUAUAUGCAAAAGAUGAAUAUUCAAAUAGAAACAGUAUUCGAAAUUUAUUGUACGAAUUUACUGUAAUUAAUUAUAUAAUUGUGUAAAGAAGAUCCAAUUAUUUUUAAUUAAAUAUUGAACCGAAUAAUAUCAUGUAUGUUAGUUUUAAUUUAAAUACAGUUAUUGCAAAUAAUAAAUUUAUAUAUAUAAUAUUGAAAAUAGAAUAAAAUAAAAUCACAAUAUCGGUUAAAGGGUUAAUAUCAAAUAACUUAACUAAGUGUCUUUAAUGCUUUCACGAGCUAAACAAUUCUAUUAAAUUGCCUUUAUAUAAAAUUAAAUUUUACUCUUACGUGCGUUCUUCAAGAAGAAAGCAUUAAUGCUUCUCUAAUCACGUUUCCAAUUUUUAAAGAAAAUCUGCAGCUAGGCCUUAAAUUAGAAAUUUACCGCUGAAAGAUAAUUUAUUAUCAAUAAAAAGGAAUUAACGUUUCGUAUUUAGACACGAUUUAUUUCUAACGCAGUUUACCUUUUUAUUGAUAGCCAUGUAAAUUUCAAUACAUACAAUAUCUUGAGACAAUAAAUAUAUAUUGAACGUUACAAGCAA